AUGCUGUUCCUAUACUUCAUGCUUGCAUAUGCCCAGAUGGAUGAGUUGGGCUAUCUCUACUCGGUGGGCAGGAAUCGAUUUAUUACUGUCAAGCAGGAUAAGAAUCACAAAUCAUUUAUAAUGGGAACGCACAAAAACGAAAAUCCUUCUCCAAUCAAGAUCAGCAAGGAAACAAAGAAUGGGCGAGGGGGUAUAAUCAUGUACGCAAACGACAAAGACGCUGAAAAGUACAAACUUAGUGACAAAGUAGGUGAUCUUGCACUUGACUCCACCAACACCUUGCACUUCUAUUCUAAGCACAUGAAAUGGAACCAACUGGCAAAGUUUGUUUUACAACCUGGGAAUCAUAUUAAGAUUAUGUUUGGAGACGAUCGCUGCCUGUUUAUGGCCAAAGACUACACAUUGAAAGGUGAACGCUGCAAGAAUGAUGGUCGUGAUAAAUUCCAAUUAUUUGCUUGGUUUCCUAAAAAAUAUUUCCGUAUGAGCAAACUUCAUAAAAUUCUAAGGUAUAAUAAGUUCAAUAAUAACAGUGGAUACGAUGACGAUGAUAAGUCCAGUAGCUAUAGUGUCUACGACAGCGAUAGUAGAUACAGGAAUGAUGGAAGGCGUGAUCCUAAUGAUAGGCACAAUAGCAAUAGAGGUGAUGGAAAUGACAGCGAUAGUGGAUUUGAUGACGAUAGUAGAUACAGGAAUGAUCCUAAUGAUAGAGAACCUUGCGACAAAACCUCACUUUUACUGCUUGGAAUGGGAUCUGGAGAUGAUGAUGAUAGAAAGAAGUCAAAGUACUACAAUAGCUUCAAGCAUUCUUCAAAUGAAACCAAGAGUCGUAAAAGCAUAGAUGAUGAUUCUGCUGGAAUAUCAAAAAAGAUGCAUAAUAAGAAUCCAGUAAGGAGCAAUGAAAUUUAUCCAAAACAGAAGUACAAGAAAUGCAGUCGUCAAAGUAAAGGAAUCAGAGCGCCAAACACAAACAGUUUGGAUUUGAAACGCACAAGCAGCAGUAUAUGUUCAAUUGAGAAAAUGCUUUUCCAGCCAUUCAAUCGUGAUAUAUGUGAUACAAUAGAAGGGCUGAGCAAUAUCAGCAAAUCAAAUAGAUAUGCAUAUAGAAACACAGACUCUGAUAGUUCUGAAAGCGAUUGUAAUAAUGAUGUAGACAAUCUCUGGAAUGAUAUUCAGAAUAUCAAGGUAAAAUCUGGAAUAAAGAAUAUAGCAAUAUGA